AUGAAAUUUUGCAACUGUCGGCGGACUCUCGAUAUUUACAAUCAGGGCCUCUUAAUAAGGCCCAAUGUUAUCACUCGUAAGAGUUUAUUACAUUUAGGGCAAAAGGUGACUAUAUCUAAGACGUUAUUACAUUUAGGGUCGUUUAUUACAUUUUGGCCUUCUCAGGAAUGCAUAGAUUGACUGGACUAUAAACAAUAUAAAUACGGUACUUGUUGAUGCAUCUAAUACGUGUUAUAAAAACAAUAAAAUCAAAAUUUGGUAUUUUAAAAACAUGCAAACUACACGCCCAAAUUUCUAACACACAAAGCUGGAUCCUGGAUCAAUGUCAUAUUUCAACCAUCAGUACAGUACUACAUACAAACAACUUAGUUUUAUCGUUGUCGGGAAUCGCUCCCGUAUUCAUAGAAAUCCAUGACAAUUCACUUGAUUUAGCUUUAUUCACAAUAACGAAUCCCAAAGUCAGAGUUUUCGCAACUCACUCACUCACAGAUAUUUUCGGCACAACUUGGUUUGGAUAGCGCGCUUCUCCCCUCGACUCCUUACAAUACACAUGAAACCUAACCCAUAUUAUUAUAAAGUGAUUGACAUAUAGAGGAUAUCACAUGCCCGCGCGUGGAUACGAAUUUUAUCUUCGAGUGUAAGUCAGUGGAAGGUGAUUCAGUAUGAAGUGAAACGGGCUUUUGCAACAUCAGGUUUGGGCAAGCUGCGUGAAUACCGACUUCUGAUUGGAUAAAAUUACGUGUUAGUUACGCGAUACACGGGAGCUACGUCAUUUUUUGCAAAACACGGUUGCCUUGGUCUGUUAAAACGCGAAACAUCAUCAGAUUUUGUGGCAAAAGGUAGAAGACCUCUCUUCUUCUACAACAACUUUUCGGAAGCUGCAUCAACCUUUCAUCAACCUGAUCUGUGUAUAGCGUGCCUUCCGCGUAAUUUUAACCAAUAAGAAGUCAGUAUUCACGCAACUUGCAACAAACUAAUUUGUUGCACGACUGGUUUGAACGUGGGUGGUAAAACUAAUAACAUCGCUUUACAACUCGUUUUAAUUUUGCAGCAAUGUUGCAAAAGAAACGAUUUUGUUGGCCGUUUAACGGUAGCUUAACGUUUUUAUAUGUAGGGAGCACUGAAUCUUGUCCUGAUAAUCAAGUUGCUGUUGUUGGUGGAGGAGUAGCAGGUCUUGCUGCCACAGCAUCGCUCUCUAAAGCUGGGUUUGAUGUUGUACUUUUGGAGGCCCCUGACUAUUUUGGCGGCAGAGCAAGUACAGCCUUUCAAGGGUUUUGCACCAGUUGA